AUGGCUUUGAAAGUAUUACCAGGACAAGAGACAACAUUUUUUACCAUCAUAAUCCUCUUAGCUUACUGGUCAUGUAAAGUGAUUUGUGAAACAGGCGACUGUCGACAGCAAGAAUUUCGGGAUCGGUCUGGAAAUUGCAUUCAGUGCGAACAGUGUGGUCCUGGGCUGGAGCUGUCAAAGGAAUGUGGCUUUGGCUAUGGUGAGGAGGCACAGUGCGUGGCAUGCCGGCCUCACAGGUUCAAAGAGGCCUGGGGCUUCCAGAAGUGUAAGCCGUGUCUCGACUGUGCCCUGGUGAACCGCUUUCAGAAGGUCAACUGCAGCUCCACCAGUGACGCCGUCUGUGGGGACUGCCUCCCAGGAUUUUAUAGGAAGACGAAGCUGGUUGGUUUCCAGGAUUUGGAGUGUGUACCUUGUGGGGACCCCCCUCCUCCUUACGAGCCGCACUGCAGCACCAGGGUCAACUUGGUGAAGAUCCCAUCGACGGCCUCCAGUCCGCGGGACACAGCCCUGGCAGCGGUCAUCUGCAGUGCCCUGGCCACCGUCCUACUGGCUCUGCUCAUCCUCUGCGUCAUCUACUGCAAGAGGCAGUUCAUGGAGAAGAAGCCGAGCUGGUCUCUGAGAUCACAGGACAUCCAGUACAACGGGUCCGAGCUGUCCUAUUUUGACCGUCCAGGACUCCAGGAGUCUUCUCACUGCGGAUGCCGCUGUGAUGCCCAGGCCUGUGGGCCUGUCCACCUGGUUCCGUCCCUGCCACGUGACGAGGCCUGCAUCCUGAGCCGGGCAGCCCUGGGAUGCUCCGGCCACUCCAAGGCUGUGCUCCACGAGAGGACAGCAGGUUCUGUGGGGGAGAUGAUGCCCACAUUCUUCGGGUCCCUCUCCCGGUCUGUCGGUGGUGAAUUUUCUGAUGCCUGGCCUCUGAUGCAAAGUCCCGUUUGCGGUGACAACGUCUCCUUUUGUGAAUCUCACCCUGAAUUCACUGCAGAAGAGAUCAACGCUUUCCAUCGAGACCAUGAAAAUGCAACACCUUGGGAUUCCAACAACUGUCAAGAUUGGGCUGCUUUAGGUUUUCCGAGUCACGCUCAUUCUGAAAACGUUACAGAAGCGAGUGAUUUAUCGAGACGUAACACCACACUGAUAGAAUCAGCACUAACUCAGGAUGCAUUACCCUCCAGAUGCCAGCGAGACAGAGAUCUAGAGAACGAAGUUGCUGUGAACCUCGCCACACCCACUUCCCUGCAGGUGAGGCCAUGA